AUGGAUCUAGCAUCUUUAGAUAUACUGCAUGAAAUCUGUACAGUCAACGGUAUCCAUUCUGAAAAUCUCUCCGUAGACACAUUUCGUAAUCAUAUCUUAUAUAUAUUAUUCUCUGGUUUUUCAAAAUGGAUCUCUUUACAAAGUUUUCCAUUCCUUACAGAAUUAAUAAUUAUUUCUCAAGAAAUCAAUCACAUAGCUAAGUUAGAAACAUGCCCAAAUUUGAAAAAAUUAUGGUUAUGUGAGUGUAAAAUUGUAAAAAUUGAAAAUUUGAAUUCAUGCAAACAACUUACUGAGCUAUAUUUAUAUGAAAAUUAUAUUAAAAAGAUUGAAAAUCUCUCUGGAAAUCGAUACCUUGAAUGUUUAUGGCUUAAUGAUAAUCAAAUUAGUAUUAUUGAAGGUUUGAACGAUUUAAAAGCGUUAAAACAACUCAACUUAUCGGGGAAUAAUAUUACUAGCUUAAACAAUAGCCUAAAAUGUAAUCAAAAGUUAGAAGAGUUAUCGCUUUCAGGGAAUAAACUAUGGAAUCCUGAUGAUAUCUCGACUUUAACAAAACUACCUCAUCUCACUUCAUUGUGUAUUAAUGAACCAGAAUAUUUAAAAAAUCCACUAUGUAAUAAUCCUAACCUACCAAUUAUCUUGAUUUAUCGAUUACCUCAAUUAUGUAAAAUCGAUCAUAUUAAUAUUGAUUAUGCAGAUUUAAAAAGUGCAGUAAAAUGUAUUAUUCAAAGUAAGAAAAGUUAUUAUAUGAUGAAAUGUGAAAAUUAUCGAACACGAAUUGAAAGAAAAAUUUUUUCUAUAAAAGAAUUUCUACAUAAUUUACGAAAUAAAGUUUAUGCCCAUAUUAAACUAAUGGAUAAAACGUUAAGAUCAAUACAGAGUUCACACAUGGAACAGAUGAAAAGUGUUAGUGUUAGUAGUGGAUCUAAUGAAAUGAAUAAUCUAUCAUAUGUCACCAGUGAAUUUACACGUAGAAUUGUUUAUUGGGAGAAUUUAAAUCAUGAAUACCAGCUGCAGUGUGAUGUCCUGUGCAAUCGACUUAAACAACACUUAGAUAUUAGACAGAGUUUAUACGAGUUGGAGUUACAAAUGUUUGGUUACCUGGAGAUUGAAGAAGGCAGUGUAGCAAAUGAUUGGUUCAUUUAUUGUAGUGAAUUUCUCAUCUCAAGAUUCUGUUGUCAUGAUACUCUUGGAUCGAUUGUGAGUGGAAUCAAAGUUCUUCAUGUAUAUAAGAUAAGUAAUACAAUAUUUCAGUCGGCUACUAGUCAAAAAGAUUGUACAGAAAAUGGUGACAGAGGGCCUACAUUAGGCGAGCUGUCUGGAGAUCGAUCCACACUUAUUGAUUAUUUGUUUAUGAUCCGCCCUGAGAAUUCGGAAGAUUUGAAGGUGUAUCUCGAUGUGAUGCGUGUUGGUUUUCAUGACAGCAAUAAAUACAAGCUGACAAAUAGUAUAAAUACAGCGGAUAGUGCAAAUUUACAAAAGUUAUGUCAUGAUAUCGGCGAACCAAAUUUCAGUCAAUAUAAUUACACGGCUCGUUUACUUGUAGUCAGAAAUUCAGUGCUAAAAGUACGUAAAGCCAAUGGUACUGGCAAUAAAAUCAAUACCAGUAAUAGUAAUAAUGACGACAGUCCAAGAAAUGAAGAAUCAGAAAUAGAUAUGAGUAGUUCUAUCACUUUUUAUAAAACAACUCCAAGCUGUACAUGUCCCACUUCAAGAGAGAUAACGCCUAUUCCCCUUCAAAGCGAAUACCUCUGCCCUGAAUUCUUAGUCGAAGUGGAGUAUAUUUUGAAAGGUAAUCCUAGAGAUUCUUUACUCGGUCAAUUGAAUAACAAUUCUGAUUUUGAAGUAAAUUCUAGUCAGCAACAAGUGUUCAAUGAUGAAAUGAAAAUUGAUCAAAACUUGAUUAUUAAAACAACUCCACCAAUGGUGGCAAAGGAUUCAAGUCAAUCCCUGAUGAUGACGAGCAGAUUAGAGUUAGAUGGUUACAAUGCCAACGAUCAUAGUUUAACUAUAUUUGAUAUCAAACUUGUCAAAAGUAUAAAUUUUCAAAAAAUUUUCAAUCUACGCCUAUUGAGUAUUACUCACUGUCAAUUACAAAAGUUACCUGUAAUACAGUGUAACAGUUUAUCAACAUUGAUUAUUAGUCAUAAUAAAUUCAACUCUUUACAAUCGUUCAAUAAAAUGCCUAAUCUUGCUGAACUUAUUGCUGACUACAAUCAACUCGUAUGCAUAUUUGAUGUUGUUUCAACGCUGAACAUGUCUACACCGAAACUGGAAAAGUUGUCACUUCGUGAAAAUCCUUGGAAACUUAAAAAUUUAGUUCGUGCUUACACACUGACAAAGUUACCUCACAUAAAAUACUUCAAUUGUCAAGCUGUUAGUUCAACAGAGAUAGAAACAGCCAAUAAAUUAAUAGAUUCAUGCACAAUAACACCAAAAAUGAUUAGAAAUAUGUUCAGCUAUACGACAAAUGCCGUCAAUCUAACAACCGUUGGUGGUACUACUAUCAACGUCCUUGGUAGUACCAGUGACAACAGUGAAUACUAUCAAAAUCUAACGAUAUAUCCUGUAGCCUUCUAUAAUAAACAUUUAAACGGUGCAACUGAAUGUCUUUCACUCAUCAAUUUCAAUAUUAUCACAUCUCUAUGCUUAGAAUCCUUAAAUAUAUUUAAAAUUCAAAAUUUAGACAGUUUGGCCAAUUUGAAGUAUUUAUCCUUAAAUCAUAAUAGUAUAACAAAAAUUGAAGGUUUAAGCUCAUGUUUCAAUCUAAUUGAAUUAUCCCUUGAAUUCAAUUUCAUUGAAUCCAUAGAAAAUAUUUGUCAUUUAAAAAAACUUGAAUGUUUACACCUUGGAAAUAAUAUGAUCAAGGUGAUCAAUGAUUUUCAACUUGAAUGUUUAUGUCGAUUACGCGUACUCGGACUAAGAAGCAAUAAUAUUGCCAAAUUAAAUGGUAUCGAUUGUUGUAAACAAUUAAAUGAAUUAUAUUUAGGUAAUAAUAAAUUAAAAGAUAUUAAAAAUAUAUUAUAUUUAAAAAAGUUACCAAAUUUAAGUAUAUUAGAUUUAUCAGGAAAUUUAAUUGUUGAACAAAUCAAUAAUUAUCGAUUACAAGUGAUAUAUUAUUUAAAAUCAAUAAAAUCACUGGAUGGUAUUGAAGUGAAUCCAAUGGAAAUAGUACAAUCGAAAGAAUUAUUUGAUGGAAGACUUUCAUGUGAAUAUUUAAUGGAAUAUUUAGAGAAUGAUGAUUUUUCAAAUCUUGUCCGACUGGAUUUACCUAAAUGUAUGCUUAAAGUAAUUGAUUUUUUAGAUCCAUAUCGAUUAAUUCAUUUGAAAAGUAUUAAUUUAGAAAAAAAUUAUUUAACCUCUUUUGGUGGUUUAGUAUUUUUAACAAAUUUAAAAGUGAUUUGUUUAAAUGAGAAUAAUAUUGAAGGUUUAUUUUCACGAAAUAUCUGUUCAUUGGCUAUGAAUUCUAAUUUUCAAUUAACAAAUUCAAUAGAAUCACGUUAUGUUAGUUUAUAUCGAUCAACACAAACAAUUUAUCCCUGUUUAAGAGUUUUACAUCUUGCACAGAAUGGUAUACGUUCAUUACAAGAAUUUCAAUUUCAUCGUAUGGCAUGUUUACAAGCCUUAUUUCUACAAGAUAAUGAACUGGUUACAAUCACUGGCCUUGAAGGAUUGAAUCAACUCAAAGAAUUAGUUUUAGAUAAUAAUCGAAUUAAAUAUAUCACUGAAUUAUCAUUUCUAUACAAUUGGACAUUACAAGAAAUUCAUUUGGAGAGUAAUUCUUUACGUGAAUUAAGCAAUUUAAGUAAAUUAGAGAAUUUAAAACGUCUUUAUAUUGGUGGAAAUAAACUGAAUGAUUUUAAUGAUCUUGAAAAAUUUGCUCAAAAUCAGCGUAAUCUAUUUGAAAUCUCGUUAACUGAUAAUCCAAUCGCUUCACGAAAUAUUCAUCGAUUAAUUCUAGUUCAUUAUAUCCCAAAGUUACAAUUUAUUGAUGGUAUUCAAGUGACAGACGAGGAAAGAGAUAAAAUCACAUGUUUCUAUGAGGAUAGAGAAUUGCCUGAUUCAUCAACUUGUGGAGUUAUUCUCUCUCCAGGCUGGAAUAAUCAUCAUGUUGGUAAAGGUAAUCAAUUAAGCGGUGAAACUGCUCUGCCUGGGAUAAAUACUCAAAAAUCAAUAAGAUGUGGCGCUAAGGUGAACGAUGUCACAAAUUUUCCAAUUCAUUCACUUCCAUCGAAUGACUCCAGACAGCAUCAGACAUUGUUUGCUCUUGGAAAGCAUAUUCCGCCAAAUAUUGGCAGUCUUAGUGAGUGCCAGACGAAUAGGACAAAGCCGAACAUUUUAGCUAAGUAUAGCAUACCUAGUCAAACAGGACAAUCUGAAGGGAGUAGUACUAGUGAGAAGUACAGUAAGUCUGUUAAAAGUUUUCAGAAUUCAAACAGCCUACCACCUGAAAACAAUCGCCAUUAUCCACGUGUCUAUUUAAAACAACAAUAUCAAUGCUCAACACCUGAUAUCGCAGGUUUAUAUGUCAACUCCUAUUCAAGACCGCAUAGUCGUCAAACAUACAAGUUGUCCAAGGUUAGCAAGGUGAAAUUGUCUAAAGGCAACCAUAAAAUUGGCAGUACAAGUACCACUACUAAUAAACUCGGUGCAAUGUCAACAAAACUCCAUCGCUGA